CAAUAACUGUUUUUCGUGUGUCAGCUGUUAAAAGGUAUUCUCUUUUUUUAUGUUUGUGCAAUUUCUUGUGUUAAAAGUUAACUUUUAAUGAACAAAAAGAUGUGUUGAGCGUGAUUGCUGGCGCAUCUCUAAAAUCGCGUGACUCCUAAAAAAACUUGCAUGUUCAUGCUAUUUAUAGAUGCUCUGCGCCUGUAUUGGUUGUGCUGCACUUAAUUGAGACACUUUUGCUUCCGCAAACAUUUAGCAGCGCUGCGGAAAUUGGCACACUCUCUCCAAGGUCAAGGAUGUUUUGAGGCAGCUAGUGAACUUCCUUUCGCACGGGGCAAAAACCUGUUCCUGUUAAGUUUAAAUAUGCGGUUAAAUACAUGACUUUAGCAGAUUUUUAGAAAGUCAAGAGCGGGUUGCAUAGGUGUAUGUGCUUCCCAACGUGCCACUCAUUAAACACGUUAGUAAAUAACCCUCUCAGCUGUUCGGCUCCGUCAGUGUGUGGGUGCGCUCUCUCUCUCCCCCUCUUUGGGCUCUCUUUCAAAGCUCUUUUGGCUUUUGUUGUUUGGCAUUUCGCCUCGUAGUAGAUUUUAUUUUGUGAUUGCCAGCCAGCGAGUUUGGACGCAUAAUUUGUCAUCACCCCGACCCGUGGAAUUUUUCGUUCGCACAAGCCACACAAUGUCAUCGGCCGCCGUUCAGCCCCCGCCGCCCGUGCCCCAGCCGCCGCCGCCGACGGCCGCCCCCUCGGCGGGAAAGGGGCUGCACUCCAAGCUGUACAACGGGAUGAUUGGCGCCGCCGACAAACUGGUGCCCGCCAAGCUGCGCCCCCUGUGGAUGCACCCAGCAGGUCCCAAGACCGUCUUCUUCUGGGCACCCGUCUUCAAGUGGGGCCUUGUUGCCGCCGGCUUGAGUGACCUGGCCCGUCCGGCCGACACCAUUUCCAUUUCCGGCUGCGCCGCCCUGGCCGCCACGGGCAUCAUCUGGUCGCGCUACUCGCUGGUGAUCAUACCCAAGAACUACAGCCUGUUCGCCGUGAAUCUCUUCGUGGGCAUCACGCAGGUGGUGCAGCUUGCCCGCGCCUACCACUACCACCAGGGCCAGGAGAAGCUGAAGGAGCUGGAGCAGCCGGCGGCGCAGAACUAGAGACAUAUCGAAUCCCGACUACCGGUGCUGUCCCCUCAACAUAGACUUUAAUCGAAAUGUUAUGUACAUACAAACAAAUCCCACAACGCACAACGUAAUCGAAAGGAUUAAGAGGAAGGAGCUGUGUUCGCGGAUCGGGCAUCUGCGUUUUACAAUCUGUUAGCCAUUAUUAUUUAUGGUCCAUCGCCUUAUCGACGUGAUUCGUAUUGCUUAAGUUGUAACUGUGGAGGCUUUGCGUAUAGUUUUAUGAAUACGAAAAUGAUUGGACAGUUUGUGAUUGUCAACAAAUAAACCAAUAUAUUGUAAGACUGUA